AUGAGGGCCACGCCUCGCCUGUCAAAGGGUUUCUUCGGCCGCAGUGUGGACGAGCUCAAGAGAUUCACGAGCAUCGCACUCAACCUCGAGGCUGUCAAGGGCCCAGCUGGACCUCUCGAAUUGCAUUCCUUCCGCGCUCAGGAGUCCAUGCAGGCAUGCAAGCUCAUGUCAGAUGCGGACCUCGGCGGUUUCUCAAAAGCACAUUUUGAAUGGAUUCCUCCACAAUCAGCAUCGAGCUCUUUGACAAAAGCAGAUAAUCCCAAUGCACACGCCAGAUUCCACGGCUCCAUAUCAACCCAACUACCAAAGGACAUUCCGAACGUUGAGAGAUCCGGUUAUGCAGCAUGGAGGACGCUGGACAGGCCGCCAACACUAUUUGGCAAGAGCUUAUGGGACAUCGACCCAUACGCAUACCUUGCGCUGAGGAUCAAGUCUGAUGGCCGAAGCUACCUGGUCAAUGUACAGACCGAGUCCAUUGUGCCGACAGAUAUACAUCAGCACCGUCUGUUCAGCAGGCGACCCGGGCAGUGGGAGACCGUACUGAUCAAGUGGAAUGACUUCGUGAGGACGAAUCACGGUUACGUUGUCGAGCCUCAGACUGAGAUGCUGCGGCAGAAGGUUCGCACCAUCGGUAUCGGGCUUACGGACAGGAUACCUGGGCCCUUUGACUUGUCUAUCGAGCGGAUAUGGGCUACCAACGAUCCGAAUGAGGCGGCUAAUGUUGAAAACCAUUCCCCGAAUAAGGGUGCAUUGAAGAACAAGCACGGCAAAAACGUCGCCUGGGUCACAGAGUGA